CAUCACAUGAUCAGCAGAGGGAUCCAAAGUUAAAAACAGAAUCUGUUGACGUUCCACAGAGUCUUUAAAUAAAGGUAUUGGGGAUCUUUUCCAUUUUUUCAAAGCGAACUUGUUUUUCUUUUGAACCAAAUUUUCAGCUACGUCUUCGACGGGGUUGCAUUGUCGUAUCAGGUUGUCAUCUUAAGUGCUUUAUAUUUUUCCUUUUGCAACAAUCUGGAAAGGGAGAGAUCCAGACGAGAAGCGAGCACUUAGUCAAGCCAAAAAAGGGGAAAUGGCGACUGAUGUGGAAGCGUGGAAGUCACAGCCACAGGAGGAUGGUGUAUUCCCCAUGGGAAUGGAAGAAGAGUUCCCAGACGAAGAUGAACUGAAUGAAGGUGAAGUAAAUGGAAACUGGACACCGCAAGAGAAAGCUCUUCAUGAAGCUCGUUUGAAAGCCAAGGCCAAAAGGCGUCUACGCAGGACUUCCUCCCGUGACUCCACACGAGAGUCUUUAUCUGAGAGCGGAGGGGAAAAUAUAACUGACCCUACAAGCCCUAAGGGCAAAAUCAACCUCAAUGAUCGCAAGUCAAGGAUGGGUAAAGGCAGGGGUCUGCCAAAAAAAGGUGGUGCGGGUGGUAAGGGUGUGUGGGGUGCAGCUGGCAUGGUCUACGAGCUUGAAGAACCUGAUGCCAGGGAUCCUAACUAUGAUGAAUCCUCACAGGGCGACACUGUAUAUGAAACUGUGGCUCCUGAACUUGAAGAGGAAGAAUUUGAAAAGAUGGUGAACCCAAUUGUGCAAGAGUACUUCGAACAUGGAGAUACCAAAGAAGUUGAGGCUUUAUUGAAGGAGUUGAAUCUAGGCUCAAAGAAGUAUAAGGUCUCUUCUGUAGCUGUUUCAUUGUCUCUAGAAGGCAAGGCCAGUCACCGAGAGAUGACUUCACGGCUACUCUCUGACCUUGUUGGCAGUGUCCUGACACAUGGAGAACUUGCACAUGCUUUUGACAAUAUGUUGAAGGAGCUGGGAGACCUUAUUUUAGACACACCUGAAGCUGCCCAGAUGUUGGGGCAGUUUAUUGCCAGGGCAAUUGCAGACCACGCUCUUCCACUGGAUUUCCUUGAUCGCUACAAAGGCAGGGUAGACUGUGAUCAUGUACGGGCUGCUCUUGACCGUGCUGCAGUGCUUCUUUCAAUAAAGCAUGGAAUUAUGCGACUGGAUAACGUAUGGGGUGUGGGUGGUGGACAACGACCUGUUCGACAUCUAAUAAAGGAGAUGAAUCUGUUGCUGAAAGAGUACCUGAUAUCUGGUGAUGUAUCAGAAGCAGAGCGCUGUCUGCGAGACCUUGAAGUUCCGCACUUUCAUCAUGAGCUUGUCUAUGAGGCUGUGGUGAUGGUACUGGAAUCCAGUGGUGAUACAGCCAUACAAAUGAUGGUUAAGCUACUUCAGGUGUUUUGGAAGACUGGCCUUAUCACACUUGACCAGAUGAAUAGAGGCUUCCAGCGUGUCUAUGACGAACUGCCUGAUAUUAACCUUGAUGUACCACAUGCCCACACUAUACUGGAGAAGUUUGUAGACCUAUGUUUCCAGGAAGCAGUUAUAACCAAACAGCUCAGAGAUACUUGCCCUUCAAGAGGACGCAAGCGGUUUGUGAGCGAGGGAGAUGGAGGCCGUGUCAAGGAAUAAAGUCAUUGGGAGUUGAGCUCAAGGCUUGAGGUGGAAAGAACCAGUCAAAAAAGAGACAGUAUAAAAGAACAUCUCUACCCUCUCCAAUUGCAUCCCGUCUCCUGGCAGCUGCAACAUUGCUGUUCUUCUACAACCUGUGGAAAAUGCAGCACUGACUUUGGAGGACAUCUUUUUUCAGUUCCACUCCUCAGCGAGAUCGAGUGUGUGUAUGUAUGUGUGUUUUAACCUGGAGGCAUAAGGGGAUUAGGGGAGCUUGAUUCUGAAUUGGUUCAGUUUAAAAUUUACUUCAGUGACACGUUGCAUGAGUCAAUUCCAGUGAAAAGUGGUGCACAAUUAAAUCUAAUGGUUGCAUUGUAUUUUUUUUUUUUUGGAAUGGUGAUCUGAUAAUGCAAGGUAGCAUUCUGUUUGGAUUUAAUUAUCCCAUUUUCCAUCUGGGCUAACAAAAGACAUUUUAAUCCCUAGACACAGAUUUGCAUUUCACUCAUUUCCCUUUAUAUUGUAGCAUUAUUGUAUUUUGUUCUGAUAGCACAAUAUACAAGUGGCAAAGUUAGGUCAGUGUUAAUCUGUUUUCAUUCUGACUUUAAUCUGGGAACUUUUUGAAAAUUGGAAUCUGUCAUUGCUACUUUAUACACUUCAGUGAGGUAGAAAGUAUGUCUGAAAUGUUAAAUUUGUUCUCCGAUGUCAUGUAUAUCUCAGCGGAAUAACAAAGGCAUAAGUGGUAUUUUCAGAAGCAUUAACUGUUAUGUUAUGAAUAAAGAACAAAGAUGAAGGUAACUUCACCUUUGCUCUUUUUCUCAAUAAAACUCAAACUUCAAUUUUAAAAUAUGCUCGUGUAUAGAAGUUAAAUCUGCUUGUACAAAUUCUGUAAAAUUUGUUUUGGAUGGCAUCCACACUUUAAGGAUGUGCGGAUUUAUACUACAUACACAGUAUACCUUAACAUUUUGUAAUCUGUGUCUGGGUGUUCGGUUUUUAAUGAUGAUUUUCAAUUUAAACUGUUAAAUGGAAGAUUGUCAACUUUUAAGACGAAGGUGCAUUUCACAAGUGUAUAUGGGCCAUUCCUUCUGUUUUAUUCUGAAAAGGGCAACAGUUUUAUCCACUCACUUGGAUGACCACUCACUCGUCAAGAAUAAAUGUUCAUGCAGAAUAUUCAGAGUAAACCUGGGAUUGGAAUGAUUUACUAUUCAUAUAUGUAGCUGACCAAAAUGAGCAGAUGGAAACUAUUAAGUAUUACAUCAAAAUCUGAUCUGUGGCUACAUUAUUUUCUGAAGGGUUGGUUUAUGGAUGGCUAUUUUAACUGUCCAGCCAGUUUUAGUAAUAAGAUACUGUAUAAAGCUUGCAAUCAUGUGAGCUUUGUGUUUUUACUUCCCUCUGGUUCUGCUUUGGUUUUCUUUUUCUUCUCAUCCCUUUUAAUUCUAUGAGCCCCUGUUCUAAUUUACUUUUAACAUGAAAAUAGGCCCACAUUAGAAGGAUGUUGAUACCAUAUAUUGAUGUAAAAUAAAAAGGAAAAUAAGACUUAUCCAGUAUAUGGAAGUUUCAACAUAAUUCACUUUACCAUUUGUAUCAAUGUGAAGUUUUUGAUACUAAAUAUCUGAAAAGAUGCCUCUUUGUUUAAGACAUACCACAAGAAAAGCUGGACUCCACAUUUUCUUUUAAUUGAACCUAAAUUUCUAAAAAUCGAAGUAGCUGUUUUCUUCUUUUGUAGCUGUUAUUUUCACCUUCUCUUUGAAAUGAACACAGUACUCCUGCCAGGCGUGCCUUUUUUCUUUAUAAAAGUAUGCAGAUUCUUCAUAACAUGAGAAAUAUUGGUUGACAUAGGUUUAAACUGAUGUGGUGUUAUUAUGGACCACCCCUUUAUAUGGAAAGUUUCUCUGGAAAUCUUUGGCCAAAGUGUUUACUUGUUAGUUUUGCACACCAAGAGAAUUUUGUUUUCCUUUCAGCAUACUUCUAGUCAAAAAAUGUGCAUUUUAAUCUAUAGUACAGCUUGAAAUUUCCUGAAAAUUAGACCAUUGAUGCAUCUGGAAACAUUUAUUAUUUUUAUUUGCUAGUAUGUCUAGGAUUCAUUGACUCCCUGAAAAUUGUAAUAGUUAAGUCUUAGAAAUGUAUACCUUUCAUAUUAAAUCAAAACAUUCAUCAUUAAAGUAACUGCACACUGUCCCCUUGUGAAAAUGCUCUUAGCAUAGUUUCACUACAAAUUAACAUUGGUAUAAAAUGUAAGUAUUCUUUUAAUUUUGCAUUUGUGCCUGUCUGGUUCCUUUCACAGGUGUUCUUAAAUUAAACAUUUUGGAUUCCCCAGAUAUAUUUUCUUCAUAGUGAUAUAAUGACAUUAUUUUUGGUUAUUUCAUUAAAACCUGUUUUCAGACAGUUGUCAACAUGGGCAGCAGACUUUAGAAUGCUGCACCCUAUUGUUUUCUUUUGUUCGUUAAAUAAUUGUUUUUGCAUAUUUUAUAUGCAUUUCAAAUACUGAUUCAACAAUAAAAAGAUGGCAUCCUAGAUUUCAA